AUCACGUGGGCUAAGUUGUUUGGUCCAUUCCCUAAAGCAUGGCACCUCAAGACUCCAAAUUCGCAUGCUUAUUCCUAUUCUUAUAUACCCACCCAACUUAACAGACUCCAAACAACAAAACAAACUUCGUCACAGGCCGUCUUCACUCGCCACGCUCUUGCCCUAAUCAACUCCCCCUUCUUCAUGGCAUCCUUCCAAAACGCCGUCGUUUUAUUCAAACAAGAAUAUAUCGAAGACGAAUUGGAAGAGGAAUACGACGAAGAAGAAGACGACGUCGUUUUAGGCGAACCAGACGAAGAAGACGACAACAACAACAAAACCGAACCUCCUCCUUCAACCUCCUCCGCCAUCACCACCGUCAUAUUAGCCUUACCAAACGCAGCAACAACCGUCGUCGACGGUUCCCCUGAGCCAAAACGGCAGCACACGGAGGAGAAGAAGUCAAUGGACGAUCCGCGGAAAAUGUUCCAGCGUCUCUGGACGGACGAAGACGAGAUCGAACUCUUGCAAGGUUUUCUCGAUUACAACGCGAAUCGAGGAACCUAUCACAACGACACCGCUUCCUUCUACGAUCGAAUUAAGUCGAAGCUUCAACUCGAAUUCAACAAGAGCCAGCUCGUCGAGAAACUCCGAAGGUUGAAGAGAAAGUACCGCAACGCUGUCAAAAAAAUCGAUUCUGGUAAGGAGGUUAAUUUCAAAAGCCCUCAUGAUCAAGCUACCUUCGAAAUCUCGCACAAAAUUUGGAACAGCGCAGCUCCAGUCGGCAAUCCCGUCGAAGAUGACGACGAAAUCAACCCUAAUACCAACCCUAACCCUAAUUCAGGUCAUACAACGCCGGUGAAGAAUGAGCCUAUCAUUGAGAAGAAAACUGCACAAUCAAGGAAGCGAUCGCGAACAACAGCAUCAACGGAGGAGAAGCGUGAGUUGAAUAAUUCUCCAUUGUUGAAUAAUGAUAAUCAUAAUUAUCAUAAGCAUAAUCAUAAUACUAAUAACAAUAAUAGCAAAAAUCAUGAUGUUGUUGAUGGUGGUGAUAAAUGUAACGGAAGGCAAAACGUACCUGGUUUGAUUGAAGAAACUGUGAAGAGUUGUUUGACGCCGGUGUUGAAGGAGUUAGCGAGCAGUAGUAGUGCAAUGGGAAGUCCUUAUGGAUUUGGGGGAAGAGGGUUUGGGGUUGGAGGUUUUUCAAUGAACACUAUGCCAUUGGGUUUUUUGAAUUUGGGGAGUGGGGAAAAGGUGGUUGAUGAAAAGUGGAGGAAGCAACAGAUACUGGAGCUGGAAGUGUAUUCCAAGCGAUUGGAGCUUGUGCAGGAUGAGAUCAAAGUUGCUUUGGAUGAGUUGCGAUCAUCAACUGGAACUGGAGUUAGAGGAGUCAGUAAAUUUUAACCCAUCAAUUGUUAAUAGCAUAGCUAGAGAGCUAGUGGUUUUCUUUUGAUGAUGAUUGCAAUUUGCAUACAGGUACAACAACAGUUCAAUAAUGUUAUAUUUUUUUGUUUAGAAUUUUCUUGUAGAAAGAAUUCAGAAUGCAGAGGAUUAUUGGUUAAAACGGGAAUGUAUUUUGAUGUGUUAUAAAGUAUUCAAUUGUGACAUAAAUGAAACUUUCAAGAGGUUGCUUUAUCCUUACA